CUGUCCUCCUCACAUUUAAUCUCAUCUUAUGUUCUUAUCACAGAAACCCUAGAAAAAGGAAAGCCAAAAACACACUAGGCCUACGCGACUACAUCAAUCAAUCAUGGCGUUGGUGGAGAGACCUGGUUCGAGUUCGCAGAUGCCGAGCAAGGUCAGAUGGGGUGAACUUGAGGAAGAUGACGGAGAGGAUUUGGAUUUCCUCCUACCGCCGCGGCAGGUAAUCGGACCCGACGAGAAUGGAAUCAAGAAGGUGAUCGAGUAUAAGUUCAGCGAAGAUGGCAACAAGGUCAAGAUCACCACAACCACGCGGGUCAGAAAGCUCGCGAAAGCCCGGCUCAGCAAGCGUGCUAUCGAGCGCCGGUCCUGGCCCAAGUUCGGCGACGCCGUUCAUGAGGACGUCGGCGCUAGGCUCACCAUGGUUUCCACCGAAGAGAUCUUGCUCGAGCGCCCUAGGGCUCCCGGUACAUCAAAAGAAGAAACCAAGGCAGCAGCGGAUUCCUUGGCUCAGCUGGGUAAAGGAGGUGCUGUUCUUAUGGUGUGCAGGACUUGUGGCAAGAAAGGUGACCACUGGACAUCUAGAUGCCCUUACAAGGAUCUUGCGCCACAAUCUGAGGCCUUCAUUGAUAAGCCUCCUGCGGCGGAGGGUGCUGUGCCUUCUGUCAAGGGUGCCUACGUUCCCCCAAGCAUGAGGCCAGGUGCAGAGAGACCUGCUGGGUCAGAUAUGAGGCGCAGGAACGAAGAGAACUCAGUUCGGGUCACCAACCUAUCAGAGGACACCAGGGAGCCUGACUUGCUUGAGCUAUUCCGCACAUUCGGCCCAGUGAGUCGUGUCUAUGUUGCCAUCGAUCAGAAGACCAGUGUGAGCAGAGGUUUUGGAUUUGUCAACUUUGUAAACAAGGAAGAUGCUGAAAGGGCCAUCAACAAGCUCAAUGGAUAUGGUUAUGACAAUCUCAUUCUUCGAGUUGAGUGGGCUACUCCUAGAACAAACUAGAACUUGACAAGUUGCUCCAUCUUGGGUGCUGCUCAUAAGGGUUCGUUGGUUUUUUGGCGAUUGAGUUCAGUUCCUUGAGAAUUAUUGUUGUUUUACUUUGCUAUUUAUGGUUUAUGUUUAUUGAUAUUUAGCAGUCAAGAACAAGAAUUGAUGCUUACAUUAUUAAUUAAUGUUUGUGUUAUUUUUUGCA